AAAGUUAUACCAAGUUUGGAUAAUAAUAAUAAUAAUAAUAAUAACAAUGAUGCCAUUCAUGAUGAACACCAUCAACCAACAACAACAGCAGCAGCAGCAACAGCAACAAGAUUUUCUAUUCUUCAACAAUCUUUGCGUCCUAUUACUCUAAAAUUUGAGGACGUAUCAUACAGCAUAAGCUUCCCAAGGAAAAAGAAGAAUGGCUGCUUCAUGCAUCAAGAGCCAAAGCACAGAAGGAAAAUACUCAGCGGCGUCACCGGCGUCGCUCGUCCCGGGGAGCUAACGGCAAUGCUGGGGCCGUCCGGGAGCGGCAAGACAACUCUCUUGACCGCGCUCGCCGGUCGCCUCGUCGGAAAGGUUUCCGGCUCCAUAACUUACAACGGCCGCCACGACACCGCCGCCGUGAAGCGCAAGAUAGGCUUCGUCUCCCAAGACGACGUACUCUACCCUCACCUGACCGUCCAAGAAACCCUAAAUUACGCCGCCAUGCUGAGGCUCCCGAAGACGCUCACCAAGGAAGAGAAGCUUCAGCAUGCAGACGCGAUUAUCGCGGAACUCGGCCUCACGCGGUGCCGGAACAGUCCCGUCGGCGGCGGAGUGUCGAUUAUCCGGGGAAUCUCCGGAGGAGAGAGGAAAAGAGUGAGUAUAGGUCUUGAGAUGCUGAUAAACCCUAGUUUGUUGUUUCUCGACGAGCCUACGUCCGGGCUGGACUCCACGACGGCUCAGCUGAUCGUGUCGGUGGUGCGAGGGCUCGCCCGCGGCGGCCGGACGGUGGUGACGACGAUUCACCAGCCGUCGAGCCGGCUUUACAGGAUGUUUGAUAAGGUGGUGGUGCUUAGUGACGGGCACCCGAUUUAUUCCGGUCAAUCGGGUCGGGUCAUGGAGUAUCUUGAAUCCAUCGGGUAUGCGCCAGCUUUCAACUUCGUCAACCCUGCUGAUUUCCUUCUUGACCUUGCAAAUGGCAUAGUUGCUGAUGUCAAACAUGAGGAUAAUGCUGAACAUCACGAGGAUCAAGCAUCAAUCAAACAGUCCCUAAUUUCAUCCUACAAGAAGAACUUGUAUCCUGCUCUUAAAGAAGAGAUUCAACGAAAUAAUAUUGACUCAGUAAUAUCAUCAGGAACACCAAGAAGUUCUGAUAAUCAAUGGAACACAACAUGGUGGGAGCAAUUGAAGGUGUUACUUAAGAGGGGUUUACAAGAGAGAAGGCAUGAAUCCUUUUCUGGCCUUCGAAUCUUCCAAGUUUUGUCUGUGUCCAUUCUCUCAGGGCUUCUUUGGUGGCACUGUGAUCACUCACACAUACAAGAUCAGGUUGGACUCCUUUUCUUCUUCUCAAUUUUCUGGGGAUUCUUCCCUCUCUUCAAUGCUAUCUUUGCAUUUCCUCUGGAGAGGCCAAUGCUUGUGAAAGAAAGAUCAUCAGGAAUGUACCAUCUGUCCUCAUACUACGUGGCACGAAUGCUCGGAGACUUGCCAAUGGAGCUUGUCCUCCCUACAAUCUUUGUAAGCAUCAGCUACUGGAUGGGAGGACUAAAGCCUUCAGUAGUGACAUUUGUGCUGACCCUCUUGAUCAUGCUUUUCAAUGUCCUUGUAUCCCAAGGAAUAGGCCUAGCACUCGGCGCAAUCCUCAUGGAUGUGAAGCAAGCCACGACUCUAGCCUCAGUGACCAUGCUGGUGUUUCUCUUGGCCGGCGGCUACUACAUUCAACAUAUGCCCCCCUUCAUAGAAUGGUUGAAGUAUGUCUCCUUCAGUCACUACUGCUAUAAGCUCCUUGUAGGAGUUCAGUAUCCAGAAAAUGAUGUGUAUGAUUGUGGACAUGGCUUGCUUUGUAGAGUAAGAGACUUUCCUGCUAUAAAGUGUUUGGGGAUUGAAAAUUUGUGGGAAGAUGUUGCAACAUUGACUCUGAUGUUAAUUGGAUACAGAGUUGUCGCAUAUUUAGCUUUGAGGAUGGGGCAGCCUCACUGACUAACAAUAAGGACUUUGAAUUGUUAUGAACAGAUUUAGAGUUUGGUUUUUGUUUGAAUUUCCCACCUUAUGUAAAACUGGUGGGAAUUCAUUCAAAUUGUAAGCAGAAUAUUUUAAUGCCUUUUUGUGAUUAUUAAUUAUUUGACAUGAAAUGAAGCAAUCAGAAUUGGUAGAGAAACUUGUGUCCAAAGUUUUUUUUCAU